AUGCCGUUCGGAAACACCCACAACCGGCUGAAGAUGGAGUACACGGCGGAGCAGGAGUUCCCCGACCUCCGUCAGCACAACAACCACAUGGCCAAGGCGCUGACGCCGCGGCUGUACCAGAGCCUGAGGGAGCGGCAGACGGCCAGCGGCUUCACCCUGGACGACGUCAUCCAGACCGGCGUGGACAACCCAGGUCACCCCUUCAUCAUGACGGUGGGCUGCGUCGCCGGAGACGAGGAGACGUACGAAGUCUUCAAGGACCUGCUGGACCCUGUGAUCCAGGACCGGCAUGGAGGCUACGGCCCUGAGGACACACACAAGACGGACCUGGACCCCGAGAACCUGCAGGGUCCCUCCGCUGUGUUUCAGGGUGGAGACGAUCUGGAUCCAGACUAUGUCCUCAGUUCCCGGGUUCGAACCGGGCGCAGCGUCCGGGGGUUCUGCCUGCCGCCGCACUGCAGCCGCGGAGAGCGCCGCGCCGUCGAGAACCUGGCGGUCCAGAGCCUGGACCUGCUGGACGGGGACCUGAAGGGGACGUACUACGCCCUGAAGGACCUGACGGAGGAGGAGCAGCAGCAGCUGAUCGACGACCACUUCCUGUUCGACAAGCCGGUGUCUCCGCUGCUGCUGGCGUCCGGCAUGGCCCGGGACUGGCCCGACGGCCGCGGCAUCUGGCACAAUGACAACAAGACCUUCCUGGUCUGGGUCAAUGAGGAGGACCACCUCCGGGUCAUCAGCAUGCAGAAAGGAGGAAACAUGAAGGAGGUCUUCACCCGCUUCUGCACCGGCCUGACCCAGAUCGAGUCCCUCUUUAAGGACCAGGGUCACGGGUUCAUGUGGAACCAGCACCUGGGCUACAUCCUCACCUGUCCCUCCAACCUGGGGACGGGUCUGAGGGCCGGAGUCCACGUCCGCCUGCCGCUGCUCAGCCAGAGGGACGAGUUCAGCCUGGUGCUGGACAGGCUGAGGCUGCAGAGGAGGGGGACAGGGGGCGUGGACACGGCGGCGGUGGGCGGAGUCUUCGACGUGUCCAACGCCGACCGGCUGGGCUUCUCGGAGGUGCAGCUGGUCCAGAUGGUGGUGGACGGCGUCCGGCUGCUGGUGGACAUGGAGAAGCGCCUGGAGGCCGGGGACGACAUCCAGGACCUGAUGCCGGAGCAGAAGUGACCCCCCACCCCCCCG